AUGGUCAGGCUUGGUGGCGGAAGUAGGCAUGGAGCUAGGAAGUCUGGGUCCCGGCUCAUGGAGCAGAGUACGCCAAGGGAUGCUAGUUUUUUCAGCAGCGCUAAUUCUAGGCAGACGAUGGAUGAUAUGGUUCAUUCAGGUGGAAAACUCCAUAGAGUCAGAUCCCUCAAGGGUCUCCUAGUAAUGGCUCGAGCAACGAUUCUCACCCUCGCAACAUCAAAAGUCGAUGAAAGGUAG